AUGACAUACUCCUAUCCUCGUCGGUCUCCUUCGCCAUACUUCGAACCCUACCCUCGGGCUUUGGAUCCCCGUAUGGAUUACAGAGAUCGAUAUGAUCGACCCCCACCUCGAAGGAGUGGUCCACCCCAGCUCCAAGAUGCUGAACCUAAUAAUGUUUUGGGUGUGUUCGGUCUAUCUAUCAGAACUAGGGAAAGAGAUCUGGAAGAUGAAUUCAUGAGAUAUGGUGACGUCGAGAAAGUAGUGAUUGUCUAUGAUCAACGAACGGACAGAUCAAGAGGUUUCGGAUUCAUCACCAUGCGAACUAUCGAAGAUGCCACUCGAGCUAUCGAGAAGCUCAACGGGUUGAGUCUACACGGUAGGAAUAUCAGAGUCGAUUUCUCAGCUACUCAAAAACCCCAUGCGCCUACUCCUGGUCAAUAUAUGGGUGUGAAGAGACGUACUUACGAAGAUCGAUACAACGAUCGAAGAGGUUACGACAGUCGUUCCAGAGGAUAUGGUGAUCGAUACGAUCGAGGUGGAUACGAUGGUCGAUCAAGAGGGUACGAUGACAGAGGUGGAUACGAUAGUAGAUCAAGGGGUUAUGAUAGUAGACCACCAAGGGAGGAUAGAGAUAGAUAUGCUGAUAGGGAUGAUCGAGGGAGAAGAGAUUAUGAUGAAAGACCUAAGAGAGAUGAUUACGAUGAUAGAAGAAGAUCACCCAGCCCUAGAAGAAGAUACUCUGCUUCACCUGAUCGAGGAUCAAGAGCCGCAAGGGAUUACGAGUCUUCAGGAGCUGCUCCUGCCGGCGGUGCUGCCGAAGCUCCUAGAUACUAG